AUGAAAGGCAGGAAAUCAUCCAUCCUGGAUGCCCUUAUUCCAGGAUCGGACCUCACAACCAAAGAUAUCUUAGGCAUCAGAUACAUCAAAAAAAAAGGUGAAGCACUCUUACAGGGAGCAUCUUUAUUACAGAACCUGCAGACUGGUCUAGAAUGGAGGCUCAAUGGUGCCUUUUCAGGUCCUGUGAAGAAGUUAAGGCGGCGGUGGGAGUUGGGGAAUGAUGAGACUGAGACAGACCUGGAGGAGAUAGAUGAAGAUUCAAUGAUGGACACAGACACCAGCUGGUCACAGCAAUUGUUCAAUGCUGCAGCUGGACAAAAGAGACCAAACCUUCCCGUCAAGUCAUCAGAAGAGAAAAGCUGGGAGCGCCUCUUGCGGAGUAUAUACUAUGCUAUGCGCAAUAUCAUCCGUGAGGCCAGUGACGAAUCCUCCCAAUCAGACUCACCAAACCCCCUUCCCUCCAAUGUUGUCCCGGAACCACGGUACUGGUCCUCUGAAUUCGCCACCACACCCAUUCCAGAUGCCACCAAAUCGCACAAGCCUGAUUUAGUCCUCAUGGACUUCAGGCUGAAAAAGAGUCAAUCAGGCAAAAAGACCUGGGCGGAUGUUCUCACCAAUAUCGAGAUCACCAAGUCGGAAUUAGUUCAAGGAAAAGAUAUACCCAUAUUCCUAGGGGUCGCCACCAAGGGUUAUCUUAUAAUGCAAGAACAGCUGUGGCGCCGUUUCAUUGUUUUAUUUAGUAUUGCAAACCUCCAGCUCCGCGCUCAUUAUAUGGACCGCUCUGGAAUGAUAAUCUCUCAACCCGUCCCAAUUGGUUCAAGUGCCGUGCGUUUCGUCGACAUCUUGAAUGCAAUAACACUAUCAGACCUAGCUUCCCUUGGGUUCGAUCCUACUGUUCAUGUUUGUACCGACCUCUGCUCCACCGGUUCUCACAAUGAUCUUCCUGAGGGUAUAGAUCCCAUGCCAGAAGGAACAAAAGGCUGGGUAAUGGACAACGACGGUGAGGUGUACUGGAUUAUGGAUAUUUUAUGGAAGAGUCGUGGUCUAUUUUCGCGCGGGACCGUUUGUUAUUGUGUUCAAGAUCAGCACGGAACAGAGUUUGCAUUGAAGGAUUGUUGGGUCGAUGCAGAAAACCUGGAUCAUGAAGUGAUGCUCCUCCAGGCAGUCGAUGGCAUUCCAAAUGUGGUCAGUCUCAAAAAAUAUUGGGACGUCCAGUAUGCUGGACAAUCAGACUGCACAGCAAGGAUUUGCGAACACAUUAGCAAAUACCUUCUGGAAGCACCAAUAUACUCUAACAAGUCAGCAUUUUUUGAGAUCUUAUUGUUGCCACUACCAGCUCAUGAAGCAAUGGUCACCCAGUGGAACGUUCUACACAGUGACCUCAGUCCCAACAAUAUAAUCAUCCACGACGGAAAGGGCUACUUCAUCGACUUUGAUCACGCCAAAUUCCUCAAAAAUAAUGCAGCAGUAGAUUCACGUGGUACUGGAACUGUACCCUAUAUAUCCUGCCAUCUUCUAAAGCUCAUGGGAGACGUUCCACGUCCAUCCAUGAUCGACCACAGAGCCUCCGACGACCUGGAGUCACUCUUUUAUAUCCUCCUCGAAUUCACAACCACGUAUGAAGGACCCAAUGGUAAAGUGUUGGCCGAAGGAGUGCACCCUGUCAAUGCCCCUAGGUGGCGCAAGGCUUACCUGACGAUGGAUGGAGAUGGUCUUGGGACUAGUGGAUUGUUGAAGAAAGAAUUUCUCAUAGAGAAACAUCCACACUACGAACCAACACCAUACUUUCGAGCUUGUCGCCCCAUCCUUGAGGAAUGGCGCAAGGCAAUUGGGGAUGCGCUACACAAUGAACGUGACUUGUCUCAUGAGGAAAUCCUCGAGAUUAUGCAACAGGGUCUGGAGAAAAUUCUAAGCUUUCCAGGUACCCCAACAUCGCUAAGUGUUGCAUUUUUGCCAGUGCCAUCUGUCGCCACUUCUCCUCCUACUUCUCUUCCUCUCCCCGCGCGUCCUCAUCACCCCACUUUUCUCCCUCCUGCUUCUCUCCCGCCCCCUCCUAUUGAAGCUAUGACCCAGGAUACUGGUGUUCGGCCCCGUCGUUCGGGGCGGAAAAUGCAGAUGCUGCCUCCUGAACUCCCGUCAACGCCAUCUGUUACCCGGGGCGCAAUUUCUUCUUCAGCUUCUGGCUCCAUGGCAUCACCAUUUCAUUCCUCUUCUCCUCCCCCCACUUCUGGCCCUAUGAUCAAGGAGACUCGUCUUCGACCUCGUCGCUCUGGGCAGAAGAACAAAAUGAUUCCUCCUCCACUCCCAUCAUUGCCAUCUGUUGGCCCAAACAAACUUCCUGUCUCAGGUGCUGGCUCCAUGACUGAGGAACUUCCUAGUAAGCCUCGUCGUUCUAAACGGAAGACUCGGAAGCAGGUUUAA